GGAUGGAACGAUGUAAGCUUUCACGGAUCGGAUCAAAUCCCUACACCGAACAUCGACGCUCUUGCAUACAAUGGCAUUAUCUUAAAUAAUCAUUACGUUCCCGCAUUGUGCACGCCGAGCAGAUCCUCUUUAAUGACUGGGAAAAAUCCGAUUCAUCUGGGUAUGCAACACUCUGUUCUCUUCCCAGCAGAACCACGAGGGCUUCCUCUAAGCGAAAAACUAUUACCCGAGUACUUGAAAGAAAUAGGCUAUAGAACACAUGCUGUGGGAAAGUGGCAUCUAGGAUAUUUCAGGAAAGAAUACACGCCAACGUAUCGUGGAUUUGAAUCACAUUUUGGUUAUUGGAACGGUCUUCAGGAUUAUUACACACAUAUUACACAAGAACCAGACCCACAAUAUAGCGAGUAUAAAGGCUUUGAUAUGAGACGGAAUCUUACAGUAGCAUGGGACACCGCAGGAAAAUAUGCUACAGAUAUAUUUACAAAUGAAGCUGUACGGCUAAUUAACGAUCAUGAUACUAGUCGUCCAAUGUUUUUAUAUCUAGCUCAUCUAGCACCACAUAAAGGAAAUGAAGAUCAACCAUUCCGAGCACCGAUCGAAGAGAUCGCCAAAUUUUCAUAUAUUCUCGACCUGAAGAGAAGGAUUCAAGCAGGC